ACAACUUGUUCUCCUUCAAUGGAACCACCCACCGUCGCCGCCGCUACUCCGGCAACCUACCGAGGUGUUCGCAUGCGAAAGUGGGGCAAAUGGGUGUCUGAAAUCAGGGAGCCCGGCAAGAAGACCCGGAUAUGGUUAGGGAGCUAUGACACGCCGGAGAUGGCAGCAGCUGCAUACGACGUCGCAGCUUUGCAUUUCCGAGGCCAAGCGGCACGGCUCAACUUCCCGGAGCUCAUCAGCUGCCUGCCUCGGCCGGCAAGCUCCCGAGCUGAGGAUGUGCAGUUGGCAGCACAGCAAGCAGCUUUGAAGUUAAAGAGACCGGCCAUCAGAGGGCCGUCGGAGGCAGGAGGUGACUCUACAGUGGCUCCGCCGGCGAUGGUGGGGCUAUCACCGAGCCAAAUUCAGGCGAUAAAUGAGUCGCCAUUGGAUUCACCCAAGAUGUGGAUGCAGAUGGCUGAUGAAGCUGCUCUGAUGCCAGGGUUUGAUGGAUUGUCCAACGAAGACGAAGACGACGACGUAUCAGGGUUAAGUGAAUUGGAAGAAAUGCAGCAUUAUUAUGAAUCCAUAUGGGACUUCUAAUUACGCUUUUGUAAUUUAUAAGCUUAAUUAAUUAUUAAAGGCAAUAUUAUUGUACACAACAUAAUUGAUGUUUUUUCUUUUUAACUUUUUAAUUAUAUGAAGUAGGCAAAUACUAGUCUCUUGGGGGAAAAUUCGACGUGUAUGUUUUGCAGACAAGCCUGAGGUUAUAUAUAUAAUUUUAUAUAUGCGGAAGCAAAUCAAUGAA